AUGUUCAUCCAGCCUACUCCGUUCGGCAAACCGAUGCUGAAGCAUUGGCUGUUUGAUCCCUCAUACAAGAGUCUCAACCACGGUUCCUUUGGCGCACAUCCAGCCGCCGUCCGGGAUGCGCAACGUGCAUUCCUGGAUCUGGCAGAUUUGCGACCGGACCCUUAUAUCCGGAAGCAACACUCAGUGCUCCUCGACAAAGCUCGCGGAGACGUUGCGAAGAUCAUCAAUGCACCCAGAAACGAGUGUGCCUUCGUCAAGAAUGCCACAACAGGCGUCGCGACGGUCCUAUGGAACCUGAACUUCCAGGUAGGCGAAGCUCUCAUCUAUUUCGAACCUGUAUAUGGAGCCGUUGAAAAGGGCGUGGUUUCCAUGCAGGAACACAGUCCGUUUGAGGCCCGGAAAGUGAGCUUCCAGUAUCCCAUCGCCGAAGAUGAGCUAGAGCGCCGGUUCCGCGAGACGGUCCGUCGUGCUCGUGAUGAUGGCCUUAACGUGCGUGCUGCGGUCUUCGAUACUAUUGUCAGCAAUCCGGGCGUACGUUUCCCGUUUGAGAGAUUCGUCGCUGUUUGUCGGGAAGAAGGUCUUCUCAGCGUGAUCGAUGGUGCCCACGGUGUUGGACAGAUUCCUCUAGAUAUGGAUGUGCUUCAGCCGGACUUUUUCGUUUCUAAUUGCCACAAAUGGCUGUAUACUCCCCGCAGUGCCGCGAUUCUCUACGUGCCCAAGCGCAAUCAGCAUUUCAUGCGCAGCACUCUUCCCACGUCUUGGGGUUUUAUUCCAGCAGCAGGAUCGGCGGAGACCAUCGCAUCGGUCCUCCAAGAUCCGUCAGAAGUGAAAACGAAAACGCCCUUCGAGGAACUAUUCGAAUUCGUCGCCACCAGCGACGACUCCGCAUACCUGUGCGUGGAGGCCGCGUUGAAGUUUCGUCGGGAAGUUUGCGGCGGCGAGGAAGCCAUCAUGUCGUACUGCCAAAAGGUUUCUAAUGAGGGUGCCGACGCGGUCGCUGGUAUCCUUGGGACCGAUGUCCUCCAGGAACCGGACCUGAAGCCUGGGGAGCAAAGUCGGAUGCGCCAGUGUGCGUUGACGACAGUGCGCUUGCCUAUCGCUGUGGCUGAUAAGGCGGUCGAGGGGGCCUUGGUGACAUUGCCGUCCGACGAAGCCCCGCUUGCUGUUGCCUUUAUUCAGCGGACCUUGAUAGAGAAACAUGACACGUUUGUGCCUGCAUUCCGGCAUGGCUCGUGGCUGUGGACGCGGUUAAGUGGACAAAUAUUCUUGGAGAAGAGCGAUUUUGAAUGGCUGGGUGGUCUUUUGCGUGAGCUGUGCGAGCAGGUUGCUCGGAAGGAGUUCUAG